AUGUCACAGGAUCUUGAAGACGAAAUCCGGACCGGCGAUCCUGGAGAGCUCGACAACAACAGCUCUGAAGAGGGCGACGACGUUAUGGCCGACUCUUCGGAGGAGGAGGAGGACGACAACGACGAAGAAGCCAUCCAACAAGUGCGGGACGGCUUCAUUGUCGAUGACGACGAAGACCAGGAGGUGUCACACAAAAAACGUAGAAAACACAAAAGUAAGACCAAGAAGCGCCCUGCUCGUGUCGACUCCGGGGAUGAACUUGACGACGAUGAUUUCGAGCUUAUGCGUGAGAACCAAGGCGCUGCCCCACGUCAAUCCAGCUCCAGUAAGUUCAAAAGACUUCAGAGAGCUCUGCCCGGCGAGAGCUUGGACGAUGCCGAAGAACAGGAUCGUCUGAGUCGGGGCCGUGCAGACAGAGGCCUCAAUGAUUUUUUCUCCGACGAUGAAGCCGAGAAUGAUCUCGAAGAGGGCACGGGUGCCAAUGAUUUGGCUGACGAUGGCGAGAGAAACAUCUUGGACGAGUUCGAGGAUUUCAUCGAGGAUGAUGAGUUCUCCGACGACGAGGGUGGAAAGAGCCAGAAGAGAGCCCAGCUCCAGAAAACCAAGCGCAAGGGUCCCAAGCUAGACACAUCCAAAUUGUCCAGUGUCGACCGUGAGAGUUUGCAGCAAUUAUUCGAAGUCUUCGGAAAUGGUGCUGAGUACGAAUGGGCUUUGGAAGCUCAGGAGAUCGAGGACGAGGGUAAUGAUGAAGAAAAAGAAACUGCCUUGGAUGAAGUCUUCGAGUACUCCGAGUUGAAGGAAAAAAUGCUUACACAAGAGGAUAACGUUAUCCGUAUCAUCGACGUCCCAGAACGUUUCCAAAAGUACAGAUCUACAUUGAACUACAUAAACUUGGAGGGCGAGGAGCUUCUUCGAGAGAAAAAGUGGAUCAGUAAUGUCAUGUUCACAGAGAAGAAAAACUCAUUCAUCGGCGACCUUCAAGGCCCAUUCACUGAAGCUGUCGAGAAAGUCGUUGAACUCAUCUCAAUUGAUAACUUCGAGGUUCCUUUCAUCUGGGCCCACCGUCGUGACUACUUGAUUUACACCGAGGAAGUCACGCUGCCUGAAGGCUCAAUCAAGAAUGUCGUGCAUAAAUUGCUUCUCGAGGAUGACUUGUGGCGUAUAGUACACUUGGACAUCGAGUACCACUCCCUCUACGAGAAACGCCUCAAUACUGAGAAGCUCAUCCAACUGAUCGAAGUUGAUGAUGAGUUGACCACUGAAGUGGAGGCUUUAGAGUCUAUGGUAUUUAUCCAAGAUCUUCAAGACUAUGUUAACUUCACAUACUCCUCGAAAAUCAAAGCUGUCAAAGCUGCCAAGCCAAGUAACACAAAUGACUCCGGUGAAGAAGACGAAAAGUCUAGCGCAAAGAAGCAUUCCAAGUACGCGAUUUUCGAGCGUAUUCGUGAAAAUGUGUUGUAUGACGCUGUCAAAGCCUAUGGUAUUUCUGCCACUGAGUUCGGUGAAAAUGUCAGAGAUCAAUCCUCAAAAAACUAUGAGGUUCCAUACAGAAUUCAUGCCACAGACGAUCCACUCGAGUCGCCUCAAGAUAUGAUCGAGCGUUUAAUCGAGGAUGAUGAAGUCUUGUUUAAAGACUACAAGAAUGCUCUCAAUGCUGUGAGAAAGACCUUUGCAGAGGAGAUUUUCCACAACCCAAAAAUCAGACAAGAAAUUCGUCAAGUCUUCAAAAAGUUUGCUGUUAUCAGUGUCACCCUCACUGAUAAAGGUAGAGCUUCAAUUGACGGUCUUAGUCCGUAUGCUGAUAUCAAAUACGCGAUGAAUAGAUCUCCCGCAGACUUGGUUGCGCAGCCGGAUGUUUUCUUGCGGAUGUUAGAAGCGGAACAGAAGGGUCUUAUUGUUGUUAAUGUUCAAACUCAUGACAGUGAUAGCUGGUUCCAGUCUAUUUUCAACUGCUUAAGGUCUGAUGGUACCUCCGAAAUUUCAGACUUGUGGAACAAAGAGCGUGAGUUAGCUUUGAGCGCAGCAUUCAAGCGUUUGUCUGCUAUGGUUGCACUCAACACUAAAGAAGACUUCCGUCGUGAGUGCGAGCGCUUAAUUGCCGCAGAAUUGAGAGCCCGUUUCUUGGCCAAGGUCGACCAAGCUCCAUUCACUCCAUUUGGCUACGACAAAGGAACAAAGCCGAAUGUGUUGGCAUUGUCCUUCGGCCAAGGUCUUCAUGACAGUGCCGUCGUUGGAGCUUUUGUCAGGGACACUGGUAAGAUUUCCGACUUUUUCAAAUCUGAGCUGAACCCUGCUCGUGAUCGCGAAAGUGAGGACAGAUUCUCAGGUCAACUUCAAGAAUUUUUUGACAGGAACCUCCGACUUCAUAAGCCCGAUGUCAUUGCUAUAGCAGGUAUUAACACUGCCAGUAAGAAGCUUUUCGAAAUUGUCAAGAACUUUGUCGCCAAUAAAAACUUGACUGUGAGUUCCGACGAUCUUCCUAAUGAUGAAACACCACCUUUGUUGCCUGUCAUCUGGUGUCAAGAUGAGACAGCUCGUUUGUUUCAAAAUUCCAUCAGAGCUACAACAGAGCUUGCUGAUAAGCCGUCAUUAGUGAAGUACUGUGUUGGUCUUGCCCGUUAUGUUCAAAGUCCUCUUUUGGAGUACAUUUCGCUUCGUGACGAUAUUUUAUCCCUUACCUUUUACGAGCAUCAAAAACUUCUCUCGAAUGACGCAGUUCAAGAAGUCUAUGAGACAGUUUUUGUUGAUAUAGUGAACAUGGUUGGUGUUGAAAUCAAUGAGGCCUUACGUGAGCCAUAUCUCGCUCAAAUGCUUCAAUAUGUGGCUGGAUUGGGGCCUCGUAAAGCAUCUGGUCUCUUGAGAAAUAUUGCAAAGUCUCCCGGCACCUUGCCAAGCCGUAGUGCUUUGAUCACAUACGAGUUGUCAACGAGAACCAUCUUCUUGAACUGUGCAGCAUUUCUCAACAUCCCCUACGAUGAUGGAGUAUCUGUUCGUGAACGAGAUGCCUCUGUGGACUUGUUGGACGCAACCCGUAUUCACCCAGAGGAUUACACUUUGGCAUGUAAGAUGGCUGCUGAUGCUCUUGAUCUCGACGAAGAAGAUGUGGCUCAUCUUGAAGAUCAAGGUGGAAUCAUUUAUCAGCUCAUGCAAGAGGGUGUCAGUAAGGUGGAUGAUUUGAACUUGACUGCAUUUGGCCAAGAGCUCGAAUCCAAAUUCGGCCAAAAGAAGUAUGCCACUUUACAGAGUAUUAAAGAAGAACUCGUUAACAAUUACGAAGAAUUACGUCGCUCGUUCCACAUUUUGGAGAAUUCCGAGGUGUUCCGUAUGUUGACAGGAGAAACCACUGAAUCGUUCUCUCGUGGAUCGAUUGUUCCAGUGACAAUCAAGAGAGUUGGUAGAAGUCAACGUGAUGACAAGAUUCGUUUCUUGCGUGUCUCCACUUCUACCAAUAUCAAUGGGUCAGUGGAUGAGGGCUACAUCCUUCGUAAGGCUCACUUUUCCGAAAACCAAGUUAUUCAAACAGUUGUUUUGGACGUGAAUUACGAGAACUUCACAGCUUCUUUCAGUGCUCUUCCCGAAGAUAUCCAGAAAUCCUCUGGUACCAGAUUUUUCCGUGACCCUGCUAAGUGGAAUUUCGCUUUGGAAGAUGCUGAUAAACAGCUUGAGAAAGCCAAAGAGAAUGCUCAACUUGCAAAGACAAGAAAUGUGCAGCACCCAUUGUUUCACAACUUCAAUCACAAACAAGCGGAGGAGUUUUUGGCUGCCCAAGCCGUCGGAGACUGUGUCAUUCGUCCCUCCUCGAGAGGCCCAACUUAUCUCACCGUCACAUGGAAAGUUGCAAAUAAUUUGUUCCAACACCUCAGUGUUGAGGAAGUCCCAACACCUCAUGGUAAGGAAUAUGUUGUCGAGCGUAAAAGAUACUCUGAUUUGGAUCAAUUGAUUUUCCAGCACGUCCAAGCAACUGCCAAACAUGUGAAUGAGAUGUGUCGCCAUCCAAAGUUCAGAGAGGGUGCUCUUCCAGAAGUCAUCGAAUGGUUGGAAUCAUACACAAAAGCAAACCCCAAGAGUAGUGCGUACGUGUUUUGUUACGACCAUAAGGCUCCAGGCUGGUUCCUCCUUCUAUUCAAGGUCAAUGUCAACACUCCCGUCACCACAUGGCACGUCAAGACAGAGGUCAAUGGUUUUGUCUUGAAAGGAUUCACAUACCCUAACAUGAUGCGGUUGUGUAAUGGUUUCAAACAAACGUUUAAGUCGUUGGUCAGUGACCAGACCAAGGGUUCUAGAUACUACUAG